AUGGCCUCCCAGCAAGCUCCUUCCCAACUCGGGGCUGGCAGUGAUACUCACUCACAGCCCUCGCGACUCCUCCUAAAGGGAGGAACGGUACUCUUGCACGACGCCAGUGACCAUGUCAACGCCGUCAAGGCUGAUGUGCUGAUCGAAGGAAACAAGAUUGCGAAGAUUUCCGACUUCAUCGCUGAAUCCAGCGAUAUAAACACCAUUGACUGUACCUCCAAGGUCAUCUCGCCGGGUUUCAUUGACACUCAUCAUCAUAUGUGGCAAACGCAACUCAAGGGCAGGCACGGCAACGAGGUUCUCCUGGAAUACAUGGCGUCCGGGAACCUUCAAUCUUCCAACUACACUCGUGAGGACAUAUACUGGGGCCAGCUUGCGGGUUGUUUGGAGUCCAUCAACGCUGGAACCACUACAGUGUUUGACCAUUCACACAUAAACUGCUUCCCCGAAGCUGCCUCUUCUGGCAUCCGAAGUGUCUAUGGAUAUUGUCCCACUCCCCGGGUUGAGUCUUGGUCGCCCCUUACCCUGGCACCCGAUGUCCUUGAACCUUGGGUCAUGAAUACGCUCGAGAGUCUCGCUUCACAAGCACCUUUUGGCCAUGGUCGCGUGACACUUGGGUUCGCGUUUGAUCAGUGGUUUCUGCCCGGCGAAGUUAUCCAGGCCGUCUUCAGCAGAGCCAGAGCUGCCGGUGCCAGGCUGGCAACCACGCACGCAAUUCGCAACGCUCAGAUCAGCUUAGCUGAUCCGGUCGAAAGGAUCAAAUCUCUUGGCCUUCUUGAUUCCGAUAUUGUGUUGAGUCAUUCCAAUGGCCUCACCACGGAAAGCAUCCGGGCAGUUGCGGACGCGGGUGCGCAUAUUAGCAGCACACCUUCUGCAGAAAUGCAGAUGGCAGCGGGUUACCCAGUUUGCCUCGAUGAGACUCUACCUGGAGCUCAGAAGCAGUCCAGCAUAGGUAUCGACUGCCACAGCAAUCAGGCUGCGAGCGUGGUCUAUGAGAUGAGGCUGGUUCUCCAAGCUUCGAGGGCUAGACAAAACCAGAAGAUCGUUGAACAAGGCAAAGCUCCGAGGCAUGUGUCGAAGACCGUGGAAGAAGCAUUUAACCUCGGCACCAUUCAGGGAGCUAGAGCGCUUGGGAUGCAAGACCACAUUGGAAGCAUUGCAGAGGGCAAGUUGGCUGACUUGGUCAUCUUUGAUGGAAACAGCCCCGAGUUGCUUUGUGCCGUGGAACAAGAUCCCGUGGCCGCCAUUGUUCUACACAGUAGCAUUGGUAGCGUGGAAACAGUCAUUGUGGACGGCAUCAUUCGGAAACAGGACGGAAAGAUCCCGGAGGUGGGUGUCGAAGAGCAGUUCAGGGAGCUUGCUGGCGACGACUCCCUCACUUGGAACCGGAUCGCAGAUGAGCUAAGGCAGUCAAGAAAGGGUCUGCUCAAACGCGAAGCCGAGAGCCAGGAUCUGGAUGAAGUCAAGAAAGGAGUUCUUCAGAUUUUCUAUGUAGACCAGUCUAAGCUAGUUUGA